UGAAUGUAUAUCUCAACCAAAGGUCACUGGAUAAACCUAAUCAAUCUGAUGUCAACUUGCGUGCUUCCAUGCAUGCAUGCACGCACGUUGUUUUCAUGAGUGCUAGGUGUUCGAUAAAAAGUUCAACCCAAGAAUGUCUGGUAAGGAUGAGCAAUUAGUUGGAGUACUCUGCUUCCUUGCAGCCAUAAAUUCUUCUCAAAUGCUCUCUGAAACUACCAAUCACACAAGAGAAAAGGGCGAUCUGAAAACAAUGGCCAAGUCCAUCACUGUGAAGCUAGGGUUUCUGUGCUUUGUGUUUCUUGAUGUCCUGCUCCUUUUCAUGGCUGAUGAUCAGUGCAAAGUCCAUCACUAUGAAUUUUUUCUGAAGGAGACAAACUUUACAAAGUUGUGUAGGACGAAGACCAUGUUGACAGUAAAUGAUAGCUUUCCAGGGCCUGUGAUUACUGUUCAUAAAGGAGACUUGGUUUAUUUUAAUAUCCAUAACCAAGCAAAAUAUGGUGUUACUAUUCAUUGGCAUGGGGUGAAGCAGCCAAGGAACCCAUGGUCAGAUGGUCCAGAGAACAUAACACAGUGUCCAAUUCAAGCAGGGACCAAUUUCACACAAGAAAUCAUACUGUCUGAUGAAGAAGGAACCCUUUGGUGGCAUGCCCACAGCGAUUGGUCUCGUGCUACUGUUCAUGGUGCCUUUGUCAUUUUACCUCCACAUGUCAAUUAUCCAUUUCCCACCCCUGAUUUUCAACAGAUUAUUGUUCUUGGAUCAUGGUACAGAGGAGAUGUCAUGGCCAUAUACGAGGAAGCUAUUGAAACCGGCGGUAACCCUAAUAUAUCAGAUGCUCACACCAUCAAUGGCUUCACUGGGAAUUCAACUGAUUGCCCUACUGGAGAAACAUUUAGAAUGAAGGUGACAAGUGGAAAGACAUAUCUUCUAAGAAUAGUGAAUGCUGUAAUGAAUGAAGAGCAAUUUUUCGGAAUUGCAAAACACAACCUCACACUUGUAGGCAUGGAUGGAGCUUACACUCAACCUCUCACAACCAACUACUUAAUGGUCACACCAGGCCAAACAAUGGAUGUUUUGUUCACAGCAAACCAAACUCCAACCCGUUAUUACAUGGUUUCAACUCCAUUUUCUGAUGGUUUUGCUGAAGUUGAUAACACAACUGCCAAGGGAAUAAUUGAAUAUUUAGGCGAUUAUACUCCUUCAUCGACUAUUAUUUCUCUGAACCUUCCUGAAUUAAACAAUACAACCGCUGCAUUUCACUUCACUGCUGCUUUAAAGAGCUUGGCAACUUCAGAGCACCCUAUUAAUGUUCCUAAGGAUAUUACCAGACAUAUUUUCAUAGCUAUCUCUUUAAAUGUCUUGCCUUGCCCCACUGGAAAAUUUUGCAAAGGUCCUUCUGUUGAUGAUAAUCAGACCAUCUUAGCUGCCAGCUUGAACAAUGUUAGUUUUUCUACUCCAAAAGUUGACAUCCUUGAAGCCUAUUACAGGAACAUCAACAACAUUUACACAGAAGAUUUCCCAAAUAGCCUAGAAGUAUUCAACUAUACAGGAGAUGUGACGAAUAUUUCACAAUACACAACACGAGGGACGAAGGUGAUAAUGCUAAAUUAUGGCGAAGCAGUUGAAAUUGUGCUCCAAGGGACGGCUAUUUUUUCACCGGAAAAUCAUCCCAUGCAUCUUCAUGGUUUUAGCUUCUACGUGGUCGGAAUUGGCUCUGGGAAUUUUGAUAAUUCCAGCAAUCCUCAUCAUUACAAUCUUGAAAAUCCACCACGAGUUAACACCAUUGGCGUCCCCAAGAGUGGAUGGGUAGCCAUCAGAUUCUUUGCUAAUAACCCUGGAGUAUGGUUUAUGCACUGUCACUUGGAAAGACAUGCAAGCUGGGGAAUGGACACAGUCUUUAUUGUGAAGAACGGAUGCACUCCACAGACGAGCAUUAGAAAACCCCCUGCUUACAUGCCUCCAUGUUUUGCAUCCUAGCUAGAAC